UACCCAAAAAGGCUUGGAGACAGAGAAACCUAAACACUGGGAAACUGGUGGUUUUUAAAAGAAAGUCAAACUUUUCAGAAAAUGAGACCCUGAGAGGAUAGAAAACAUGUGAAGAAAAAAACAUAAACAACCCCCAAACGACCACUGAAAGGGAUUCUGCUGUGGCCAGAAUGCAAAGAAGAGAAACACAGUGAACGUUUUGAGUUUGGAGAAUUUUACAGCUCUGGAGAAAAAGUUUCCACAAAACAUUUUGGAUUGAACUCCAGUUCAACUUUGGCUAAAGAGAAAGAAAAGAAAUAGAAGUGGAAAGAAAACCUGAGAGACUCUGAUCGCUGUUUCACUGAAGCUCAUUACGAUCUGUCGUUGGGGAUGAGGAUCUUCAAUAAAAACCUUCGCCUUCAGGACAUAACCAUCAUGUAUUUUACUGCCCUGGCUGCUCUAAUGGUCAUCUUGGUGGCUUCUUACCAGGCACCCAACAAUGCUGUUGAAGUGUCCAGCCUUAAACCAAACCCCUCUCGCCUUCUCCCACCUCUCCCCAUGCCUUUCCGUGUGCCCCUUGAUCCACGUGGGGAGCUCCAGCUGGCUUGGAAUGUCAGCUACACCAACCAGGAGAUUUACAUGGAGCUGAGGGUUGCAGAGCUCAGACAUGGAGUGGUCCUGGGGAUGUCCGAUCGGGGAGAGCUGACCAAUGCUGACCUGUUGGUGCUGUGGGACUCUGGAACCCAGAGCUACUUUGGAGAUGCUUGGAGUGACAGCAAGGGUCAUGUAUCACUAGACAGCCAACAAGACUACGACCUGAUUGAAGCUAAACAGAAAGCUGAAGGAUAUUACCUGCUCUUCAAAAGACCAUUCAGUACCUGCGAUCCCAGAGACUACGUCAUAGAGGAGGGGACUGUGCACAUCAUCUACGGCUUCUUGGAUAAACCACUUGCCUCACUGGAGAAGCUGAACCUGUCCGAGAUCCGCACAGGCGUACAGAGAGUCCUGAUGUUGCGUCCCGACACGCCGCCACCUACCCUGCCUCCAGACGUACAAAUGUUAGAUGUAGUGGCACCAAAUGUCAGCAUACCAAAUCAAGAGACCACCUACUGGUGCUACAUCCACAACCUGCCGGAAAAUUUGCCCAAGAACCACAUUGUUAUGUAUGAGUCAGUGAUAACUCCAGGGAACGAGGCCAUCGUGCAUCACAUAGAAGUGUUUGAGUGUUCUCCGGAUAUCCCCGCAGUUCCAGGGUACAGCGGCUCCUGUGAUGACAAAAUGAAGCCGAAAAAGCUCAACUUUUGCCGACACGUGCUAGCUGCAUGGGCUAUGGGGGCUGAGGCUUUCUACUAUCCCCCUGAUGCAGGCUUGGCUAUGGGUGGACCAGGCUCCUCAAGAUUCCUCCGUCUGGAGGUCCAUUACCACAACCCUCUCCUUAUAUCCGGCCGGCGUGACUCAUCAGGGAUACGACUGUAUUACACCCCGAGCCUGAGGCGCUACGAUGCAGGGAUCAUGGAGCUGGGCCUCGUUUACACUCCUGUAAUGGCUAUCCCACCUAAACAACACACCUUUUACCUCAGUGGAUACUGCACCUCCAAGUGUACCCAAACAGCUUUGCCUUCAGGUGGAAUCUAUGUAUUUGCUUCCCAGCUGCACACCCACUUGGCGGGGCGUGGGGUGAGGACGAUUUUGGUGAGGGGAGGCAAAGAGCUGGAGGUGGUACAGGAAGACCAGCAUUUCAGUACACACUACCAGACAAUCCGAGUUCUUAGGAAAAUGGUGAACAUUUUGCCUGGUGACGUACUUAUAACAAAGUGUACUUAUAACACAGAAGAUAGGAGCGAGCCUACAGUGGGUGGUUUUGGCAUCAUGGAGGAAAUGUGUGUCAACUACAUUCACUACUACCCCCGUACCCAGCUGGAGCUCUGCAAGAGCCACGUUGACCAAGGAUACCUGCAGAAAUAUUUUAGCUUCAUUAACAGGUUCCAUGGAAAUGACCAGUGUGUGUGUGGUGAGGUUAGUGUGACGGAGCAGUUUUCUCAACUAGAGUGGGAUGAAUUCACCGGAGAAGUGCUGGACUCGCUUUUUAACACAGCCCCCAUCUCGAUGCACUGCAAUCAGUCGACUGCAAGCCUCUUUCCUGGUGACUGGGACAAACAGCCCAUACCAGCGGUGACCUCUGUCCUUAAAAAACCUCAGUACACCUGUAAGCGAGGCACGCUUCGCACCAACUGAUGCCUUACUCCUUCAAUGUGAGCAGCAGGGGGUUCGCAGGAUGUUUCAGCCCAAGGAAAAGGGAGACCUCAAGAGUGGAAAGCCAAACAAGUUCCCACAAUUUUAUUCAGUUUGCCUUGGUUUUUAUGUGUUUGUUAUCUACUUGCUGUAACUAUAUACUUAUAUAAAUUCCUGCAGUCUGUGUUAUUGUUAGUACGUAUAAAUUCUGUUAGCAACAAUCAUAUUUUUUCCCCAUUGAAACCAUUUAAAACUCUACAAAUUGGGAUUGGCAGGUAUCAAACUAAAUUAAAAUAAUGCUGGCAGUUUUUUUGUAGCUGUUAUCAACAGACAUGUUACGUUUGUGCAGAGACAUAACACAUCUACAUGUUUGUUCCCUGUGAUCCUGUUGACCAACUUAAAACAUUUGGGCAGGAAACAUGAUGUCAUUUGGUGAAUAAUUACAAUCUGUACUAAACACAGCAUAAUAAGUGACUUGAGCGUUAU